AUCCCAUAACGAAUGAACGGCCAUCAAGUGAAAAGGAAGUUAAGGAUCCAGCGCAGGGAAAGCUGGAAUCGAGAAAAGGUGCUGGCGUGUCGUUUCUAGACACCAAGGCUGCUAAUGCUGCAGCAGUAGGGAUCAGAAGAGGCUACGUCAAACCGUCGCAUGGCAUUCAAAGCAAAGGAUUCGCGCAAUCAGCCCAGCGUCGAUCCUCACUACAAACACUAGGGUCCAUUGAGCGACUACAAGAAUUUUACUCGAGAAAAAGUCUCAAGCAUAACAAAUCGGGUAUGCUUGGAUUCAGUUUGACCAAAUUGUCGGAGGAGCCCGAGGACCUCGACCGUUUACCGACACCCAUAGCGCCGCCACCAUCAUGGCAUAACUUGGACGUCGAGACCGAUCUGGAUGUGUUGAUGCAACAUAUGUUUGACGACAUCGAAAUUAUGCUGACUGCUUGGGCCAUCAUCGUGGGUCCGCCCAGCGAGAGCGAACAUGUCCAGAUUUUGCCUUUGUUGCAAACUGUCACCGAGAUGCUCAACAGCGUGAAAAACUAUAUCCUCCAUCGUCACGAUCUGACAGAAUUUGCCUUGGGCAAGCUGCGGAAUGAAGCAUUGAAGUUGCUGGAAACCAUGUCGCAUUUGGAAACAAAGUACCGAGCUUUAGAAGAUGGCAACAGCGCCACCAGCGGAUAUCUCUAUAAUACCUCUGAUUUCGGCAUGUUGGAUCGAGAGCGAACAGCUAUUUUAGCCUACUUGGAUUCUGUUGAAAAACAUGCCCUCAACCCUCCUCAUCAUGUGGGCAGCCCUUACGCUGGCUAUUCGGCUGAGAUCAAGAAGUUAAUGACCAAAACCUCGGGUCCGGGCGGUUGCGCUCCCGGUAUGGGACUUGACAGUCUCAAGGUUUCGAGCUGGGUAGAUAGAAAAGCGGAUUGGGAAAGUGAACUAGCCCGUUCCUAUGCCAUGAUUGUUGAUACCAUCGAUACCCAUAGCUUGACGGAUCCUCGGGUAGACCGUGAUGCAUUCCUGCAAGGAUUGACGGAUGGCAUCAUUCUAUGCACGACGUAUAACAGCCUAGUCAAAAAAUCACGUCGUUCGUUUGGUCUGAUCAACAAAAUCCAUCAUGAUACCCUACGUACAUACCGAGCGACCGAAAACCUGAGCUUCUUCGCAGCCGCUUGCAAGUUUCGAUUCGAUACGGUGUUUAUAGACUAUAAACCAGCAGACAUAGCUCGCAAAACGCCGGCGGGACUGGACAUGCUUGAAGAUGCCCUGAACCUCUUCACCAGCGCGGUGGUGAAGGAGUUUAAUUUCAGUCUGCAGCAAACUAGACGCAAGUCAAGAUUCAUCGAUGUCGCUAGUUUGUCCAUCUCCUAGAUGCUCAGGCCUCACCGUGCUCUCCAUGAUACCCUGUCGGCCUGACCGUUAUUCCCAGGACUUGUUCCACUCUAAGUUUCCACAUUUGAUUUUGCAUCAUGCUCAUCUCACCUAAUUCGAUCGUAGCGCAUAUCAUAGGAUGCAAUACCAUGCGAUCCAAAUAAAAAAAAAUCACGCUACCACCCUAUCAACCGGCCCCAAACAGAAACAUAACAA